AUGAGCCUGAGAGAGAGCUUUGGGAGCGACGCCCAACAAACGGCGAAGGAUCGCCGCUGCAUUCCGCCACUACAGCUACUCCUGCUAUGCUCGCUCGCGACUCAACUCGGUGCGCGAAUCGUGCUAGUGCCAAUCGGUUACUACACCGUGCAGUGGGAGAAGAGAAGGGACCUGUACUUCUCUAUCUACACUCAGUUCUUGCUCUGUCUAUUUAAAUAUUAUUAUAGACUCUGUGCUCAAAAAUUUAUACUCCGUCAUCGGGAUCACAUCUGUGUGAUUACUUGUAGCAGGUACACGCACGAUUAUUAUCGAUAA